AGCCUGGGGUGGUUGCCUCUCCUACUGCUGCUGCUACUACCAGGGCAGGGGGGAGCGCGAAGCUCUGAGCUUCCUCCUUCUCCUUCCCCACCCUCCCCUUACCACAGCUCAGGCUUUGGCUGGGUGACUAGGCCGCAUUCCCCCCCCUGUUGGGGGGGAGGGGGCCAUUGUUGUUAUGGAGACCGGUUCUGGGGACCCCCCACCACCCCCACCGAGGUAUAAUGCUCCUCACUCAGUGCUCCAUGCCCUCAAGAAGGUGAGCCCAGCUCCUGGGGCUGUAGGAGUGCCUGCAGACAACAUGACAGCUUCGCCCCUGGCAACAGCCAAUGCAGUAACAAUGGAAGCCGUGGAAGCAGACCUGCCAACCAGCGCUACAACAGCAGCACCUUGCAUUCCUACAGAAGCAACUUUAACCAAGAUCACCGUAGAGAUGUCUCUCAUGGCUGUGGCCAACGAUAACGGGAGCAUGGCCUUUCCUGCACACGUGGCAUCGGAUGCUGUAGCUACGGACGUGAUUCCGAUGGGCGACAAACUUUCCGUAGAGACGGUACUUGCGACCAAUUCUGUGGAUCCCGUGCCAGCCGUGGCAACAGUAAAUGGAAUGUCGGUGACGUCGUCCUAUGAUGUCGGGAUGAUGUCGCCAGCUGUGGCUUUGCCUAAAGAGACCAUGGUAAAAUCUCUCCCGGUUCCACCAGAAUCGCCCACAGUGGUAGUGGUAGCGCCUAGCCCUGUUACGCCUCCUGAGAAGACUUCACCGACCACUCCAGAGGACUUGGAGCCUCACGAUCUCUCCACUUCACAACUGCCCCAGGACAUGGGUUCCCAGUCCAGUCUCGGAACCCCGGCACCCAGGGCUCCUCCAGCUCCUGACACAUUGAGCUACUUGGAUUCUGUCAGCCUCAUGUCAGGCACCAUGGAGUCACUGCCCGGCUCUGGAUUCCUUGAUGAUGCUAGCUCCAUGGGUUCAGAUUCUGAGAUCAAUGGAUUAGCAUACCGGAGGACCGACAAAUAUGGCUUCCUAGGGGGCAGCCAAUAUGUUGGUUCACUUGAAAGCGCCAUCCCAGUGGACGUGGCCAGGCAGAGGGAACUCAAAUGGCUGGACAUGUUUUCCCACUGGGACAAAUGGCUGUCACGCAGAUUCCAAAAGGUGAAAUUGCGCUGCCGGAAGGGGAUCCCCUCUUCUCUCCGUGCCAAAGCGUGGCAACUUCUCUCAAACAGCAAGGAGCUUCUGGAUCAAAAUCCAGGGAAAUUUGAGGAACUAGAACGCCAGCCUGGAGAUCCCAAAUGGACAGAUGUGAUUGAAAAAGACCUACAUAGGCAAUUCCCUUUCCAUGAGAUGUUUGCAGCUCGUGGAGGCCACGGGCAGCAGGACCUCUACCGCAUUCUGAAGGCCUACACCAUCUACCGGCCAGAAGAAGGCUACUGCCAGGCACAGGCACCCGUGGCCGCGGUUUUGCUGAUGCAUAUGCCUGCAGAGCAAGCUUUCUGGUGCCUGGUGCAAAUCUGUGAGAAAUACCUCCCUGGCUAUUACAGCGCUGGACUGGAGGCGAUUCAGCUGGACGGGGAGAUCUUCUUUGCCCUGCUGCGGCGAGCGUCUCCCAUUGCCUACCGCCACCUGAAAAGGUACAAGGUCGACCCCAUCUUGUACAUGACGGAGUGGUUCAUGUGCAUCUUCUCUCGGACCUUGCCCUGGUGCUCUGUACUUCGCGUCUGGGACAUGUUCUUCUGUGAAGGGGUGAAGAUAAUCUUUCGAGUGGGCUUAGUGCUGCUCCGGAACACGCUGGGCUCAAUAGACAAGCUGCGCUCCUGCCAAGGCAUGUACGAGACGAUGGAGAAACUAAGGAACCUGCCUGUUGAUACCAUGCAAGAGAAUUUCCUUGUCCAGGAGGUGAUUAACCUCCCGGUGACGGAAGCCCUUGUGGAGCGGGAGAACGCCACGCAGCUGAAGAAAUGGCGGGAGACGCGGGGAGAGCUGCAGUACAAGCCCUCCCGCCGGUUGCAUGGCUCUCGGGCCAUCCACGAGGAAAGCCACCGCAUGAACCCGCCCUUGAGCGCCAGCGCCAGCCUUUUGAGCCUCACUGGCCUGAGGCAGAGGGUAGCCAUUGGCAGUACGGGCGGCCCCUCCUUCUCCCCGGCGCACUCGGUGGGCUCCUUGGCCAUGUCGGCUGUCCCUCCCCCGGCUCCUCCUGCCGCCCAGAGCCAGGUGGUGGUGUCCGAAGGCCUCCACGCGGCCUUGCCGUCCCCCACCGGGAACAACAUGCCACUUGGGGGCCCCCCCAGGAAAGCGGGGGGCAGUAGCAAGGAGGAGAGGCGGAAAGAGAAGGAGCGCGAGAGGCAGGAGAAGCUGGAAAAGGAGAGGCAGAAGCAGGAGAAGGAGCGCGAGCGGAAGCUGCAGAAGGAGCGCGAGAAGCAGGAGAAGGAGCGGGAGAAGAAGCAGCAGAGGGAGCGAGCCAAAGAGGAGGCCAAGCUAAAGAAGGAGAGGAAGUUGUCGCUGAGGAAAAAGGAACCCAAGUCAGCCCCUCCUCCACCCGCUGAGGAGGGGAAGGAGGGGGGAACCUCAGGGGCGUCCGUGGUACAAAGCACACACUUUUGAGUAGGGCUGGGGGGCCACACGGGCCCCGACGACUCCCUCCCGUCAGCCAAGGACCAAGGUGGUGGCUGCCACCCAGAGACUUGUUGUGGUAGGGGGACCCAGAAGGCAGGAGGAGCUUUUGCCAAGGCGGGGGAUAGCUGCCGUGCACUGAACCACACAACUUAGGGCCGCGGUUGGGUAGUGGAAUAUUUAACGGAGGUCCCAUGUUUUUACCUCCCUUUGUGUGCCUGAGGUGGAUGUGGCUCCCUUCCCCCUCCCCUUCCCCUAUCCUUAAUGAAUAGGGCCAAAACAAGAUGGCGGCUGUGCUCUGCGUGGCUACAGAAAAUGGCCGCCCACUGCUGUUUUUGUCGCAACCAACAGGAGCAGCUGCAUCGCUCCGAUCCCCUACCAAAAGGUUGGGAAUCUUAACUGAGGAGGUAACCAUACUAUUAAUAAUAACUCCUGACAUCCCAAUUUCAAGUACUGUAUAUAGAAUCCUCUCUCCUUAAAGCUAUUUAACCACUCCAGGCUUACAACACCACCUCCAGAGAGGCUGGUUUCGAGAACAAGGUAUUGUCUUCCCGCCAGUAUAUUAACAAAUGUUUCUUCCAUUGUGGGUUGGCCCUCAUAACAUUGCUAUAUAUAUAUAUAUAUGUAUUUCCCUUGGCUCCACCCCAGACUUGACUGUCUCCCCUAUAAGAAAUCCCUCCUUCCUUUGGCUCCCUGGCCCCCAUGCAUGGUUACCUACAGGCUGCGAUAGUUGCCUUAUUUGCUGGCGGUGUCUCUGUUCUUUGAAAGCCGCAUGGCAGGCUGAAGUGGCUUUAGCCAACAUGGACCUGCAGCAAAGAGGAAAGCGGAACCUGUUGGAUUGCUCCCUCACAUACAGUGAAUUGAGACAGGAAGCCUUUCUGUAAAUGCGAGUCUGAGUGUGUGUAUGUGUAUGUGUAUUGGGGGUGGGGAGCUGGCUACCCUGCUACCCAGAAACUCGGCCAUUUGGCUGCUCCUAUGCAAAGAUUUCUUAGCAGUGGUCAGGAAAAAAAAAGUUGGUGCCUAUUUAUGUCUGUUGAGAUUUCUUGAGCAGAAAGGAGAAGAGAGAUUGGAGCAGAGAGGGGGCCGUACGUUGAGAUUCCCCAUUCCCGCUUUGGUGAUAUGCACUUGAGAAAGGUUUUUGCUCUUUAGCAAUUUCUUGUCCUUGAGUAUUUACCUUCUGGCACAAACAUUCCCAUUUGCUGCCUCCAGACAGUGAGGGAGGCAGCCAGGUUUCUAGGGAGCUUCUGCCAACAAGGGGUGGGGUGGGGGUGGACUGUGUUGUACACUGUUCCUCUCCAAGCCCUGGUACCCAUAUCAGUCCUUAACAACAUAUUUGGGUAUCUUUGCCCUUGUUUUAUUAGCAUACAACCAGCACCAGUCAUUUUCUGGAUACAAAGGAUGCGUCUCCACAACACAUUUAAGCCAGUGGACCAUUAGUUUUGACUGCUCUGGGUUCUCUUGAGCCCUUUCCCAAGUUCCCAUGUGUUUGGUAUGAAAACUCCCAUGAUCCCCAGCCCAGCAUGGCAGUCAGAGGCGGUACAGUACCCUAACAUUUAUUGAGAGAGCAGCAGCAGGAGGAAGGCUGGCCUAGAGUCAAGGUUAAGGAAUUGUCAUUUGGGGAACAGGCUGAGAAUGCUUUCAUAUUUUGAAGCCCCACAGUCCCUUCAUAAAAUUUGAGGCACGGCGGUUUAAAACAGGUUUUAAAAUGCUUUUAGUUUGUUAAUAUAGUAUAGUACAUGCCCCCAAGUUGCAUGCUUUAUUCCUCUGUCCCUCAGCGGAAAGCAAAUUGGUUCCUUUAAAACACUGUAACUCGAAUGAUUUUUCUCUAUGUGUUUUCGUUAUGCAACCACAAACCCUUUUAACGUUCCUACACACUGGCAUUAGCUAGCUUGGCCUUCCUUUGAUAGCAGUGUAGAAUGCAGCCGGUCAGAUCCUUGGCUUUUAUUCCAUGCAGCUUAGCGAGACCUGGGAUGCUGAUAUCUACAGUAGCUUAGCAGAGCCUGGCGGGUCAGAAUUUUAGAAAUGUUGUGGGAAGAAGGGUCUCUGCAACAGGGAGACAGAACUCUUGCUGCCUUGGAGGUCAGGCUGGGCUGGAAGUGGACUGAAUGGAUUUGGGCAACUUUGGACUUGUGCAUCUUCAUAACUCGCCCUGUUGCCCCUUCUGCUUUCACCUUCCGCAGCAUCGCUCUCCACGUUAGGUUACAUUUUUCUGCAGUUGUGAAUAGCUUGAAAAUCAUGAACCUGUUUCAGAAUCUUGCUUCCCAGAACACGCCUGCCCUAAAUGGCAGCUUCUAGACUCCACGAUCCCAUCUACGAGCCAGCGAAAAAGCUCCAUUAGUCCAUCCUCAUUUCUGUAUAUAACUCUUCUCUAUAACACAUAUAUUAUAUAUAUGUUUCAGUAUUGUAAUUAUGUAUACAGAACCUUGAGGUUAUUAUUUUUUGACCUUGUGCUCUUAUUUAAUGGGACAGACACUGGAAAAAUUAGGAAUUCAUUUUUUCCCCUUGCCUUUUAAUUUUUUAUUAGUGUUUUUUUAAACCACCACUGCUAAUCAGGAAGAGAAGAAAAUUGGAAGUUUACAGCUGACAUCUCUUUACUGUCCUCCUUGUUAAUAAUGUCUUUCUUUUUGUUUGUGCCUCGUUCUUACUGGAUUUUUCCCCCAUUGCUUUGUUUAAAAAUGUUAACAAAACAAAAUGACAGUCUAGUUUGUCAAGCGUCUUCAUUGAUUUUUGAUGGUUUGGGCUGUCUUCUGUGGGAUGAGAGUAUCUGCAUCCUUGGAGAAGGGGAAAAUUUUCUUUGCUGAAGGGAACACGCAGUGUGCGGGUGCUACUGUAGUAAGCCAGGUGCCACCCAUCCUAUAUUUGUGAAUCUGAUUUAUUUCCUGGCUAAACACAGAACUUCACAUUUAUAUAAACUCAUAUUUAUAUUCUGUGAGUUUUGGCCCAAGUCUCCUUACUGUCAAGAUAAUCUCUGUCUUCUAAGGCAUUGGUUAGCUCGUACAGUUUUGUGUCAUCUGCAGAUUUAAUGAGUAUCCCACCCUCAACCUUCAUCAAAUCAUUUAUUGUUGAACAACACUGGGCCCAAGACAGAACCCUAUAAUAGCACCCAGCUUUUCAUUUUGGCUCCAUCUGAACUUUAUGUUUAAAGCAGUGUCAUACAGCUUUAAAAAGUUAUGUCUUCCUCACAAAGAAUUCUAGAACUUGUAGUCUGUUAAGGAUGCUGAGAAUUUUAAAGAGGCCCCUAUUCCCCUCACAGAGCUACAAUUCCCAGUGUGGUUUAAUGACCAACCCCUUUUCCCAGGGGACUCUGCGAAUUGUAGCUCUGUGAGGGGAAUAAAGGUAAAGCUAAAGGGACCUCUGACCAUUAAGUCCAGUCGCAGACGACUCUGGGGUGGUGGUGCCCAUCUCGCUUUACUGGCCGAGGGAGCCGGCGUACAGCUUCCGGGUCAUGUGGAAGCCGCUUCUGGCAAACCAGAGCAGCACACGGAAAUGCCGUUUACCUACCCGCUGGAGCAGUACCUACUUAUCUACUUGCACUUCGUACUUUCAAACUGGGGAAUAGGGGUCUUCUAACAACUCUCAAUAUGCUGAACAAACUACAGUUCCCAGGAUCCUUUGGGGAGAAGAGAGGACUCUUUGAAGUGAUAUCCAGCAUAGUCCUUAAAAGAUAUAGUGCAGAUAGAACAUUUUCUCUUCACGAUGACCAGGAGCCGCUAUGAGCACUCCUUGGAUGCAAUCCCUCACUAACUACAACUCUUAUGUCAUGGUAGCUCCAUCUAGCCCACAUUUUACUAGCUUGCCAACAUGAAUUCUGUAGGGGGACCUUGAUCAGGGAAGAGGAAUCUCCAGAUGUUGGAUUCUCAUCAGCUCCACUUUGCACGGUCCACAGUAAGGGAUGAUGGGAAGAUGUCUUCCAGCAUCAGCUGCCGGGUCAAAUAUUCUCUGUCCUAAAACUCUGUGACUUUUGACAUCCCUCUCAACUCUGCCAUGAUUGGGAAAGCCUGUUGGUAGUUUUAAGAUCAAUAUGUUUGCCACAUAUUGAAACAUGGAUGACAUACUUGGGGCAGUCCUGCAUAAUAGAUGGGACUGAGACAGAGCUUGGAAAAUGGUUACUUUAGCGGACUUCAUGGUGGAAUGGAGAUUUGAAUACCGUCCCCCCCCCCCACAACCAGCCACUACCCUGGCUCUUUUGAAUCUUCGUUGUUGAUCUGAGAGGAAAAUCAGUGGGUUUGUGUAGCCAGAGGUGGACCAGUGCCAUGUUGGGCAGCCACGAAUGAUGUUGAGCCAGGGAGCAAAUGAACAUAAAGUAAAAUUACACAUGGAUACUUUAAGGGUGCAAGAGCAGAACUGGAAAAUCGAAAUACAGACAGUGCCUCUUCAAACUGUUGUUGGGAACAAAGAUCCUUUUAGGUUUUAAAGUUGUGGUGGAGGAAUGAUUUUAUGAUGAGAGUCGUAGGCAACUACCUAGAAAUCAUUGAUAAAAAGGUGUGUGUGUGUGUGUUAUAGUGGGUUGGGGAAGAUGACACCAUUGGAAGGACCAUAGUUUAGAGGUAGAUGCACACUUUGUGUUCGGAAGGGCCCGUCUCUUCCAGUUAACAGGAUCUCUUUACAGUUAAUCUGAGGGAAGCUUCUGCUUGCGGCCUCUGCUGAGCCACCACUGUCCAGGCAAUCCUGGUUUUGAUAGCAGUCAACUUUUAAGCCAGACAUGGUGGGUACCUGCUGCUUCAUUUUUAUUGUUACUUUACCAUAUUGCAAUAGUGCUGUUGUGGCAAUGCAUCCUUAAGGCUAAGGCAAGGGUCCUGACCCACCAGUCAAAUACCAGAGACUAGGCCAAUGCUGUUUUCAUCACACCAUUAAAUGCAUGGGCUGGACCAAAUAACGGCAAAGAAGGCAAGCUUUCACUUUGGGGAAUGGUUUUGGUUCCACACUCAGGAGGUUGGCACAGCUGCAGACUCCACCCACAAUAAGCGCUUGCCAAAAUAUACCAUUACUGAGGUCAACCUCCUUUCUCACUGUAUCAGGUAUGGCGGCUACUGCCCUGUUUCACAUAUUUUAAGACAUACCCAUAAAAUAAGCCAUAGCAGGAUUUUUAAGCAUUCAAGGAAUAUAAGCCAUACCCCGAAAAUAAGACAUAGUGAUAGGCGCAGCAGCAAUGCCGGCCGCGGCAGGAGGAGGAGGAGGAGGAAAAAAAUAAGACACCCCCUGAAAAUAAGCCAUAGUGUGUUUUUUUUUUGAGGAAAAAAGAAUAUAAGACGGUGUCUUAUUUUUGGAGAAACACGGUACUAUGGUGAACAAAACAAUUCUUGAGGCUGGUAGGUUUCUUUGUUUA